CAAACUGCAACGCCUCAGCUGCAGGAGCUUCUUCCACAGAGAGAAUACUGGGACAAUACUGGGAUAAAUUUAGCUCAGGGACCCAGACGUUCAUCGGUGCGGCUGACAUGCCCGCGUGCUGUCAUCCCGAACCCCAGCGCGUGCGCUAGUACAGUCCACUGCAGCUGACGUCACAUCCAGCAUGGCGGUCAAGGUGCAAACCACAAGAAGAGCUGACCCCAAUGAGCUGAAGUCUAUUUUUUUAAAGUACGCCAGCGUGGUGGAGGAUGGGGAGCAUUACAUGACCCCCAGAGACUUUGUGCAGAAUUAUUUGGGUCUGCACACUCAGCCUCAACACAACCCUAAAACUGUGGAGCUGAUAGCUGGAGUGGCCGACACCACCAAAGAUGGAUUGAUCUCUUUCCAGGAGUUUCUGGCUUUUGAAUCAGUUCUCUGCGCCCCGGAUGCCCUCUUCAUAGUAGCCUUUCAAUUGUUUGACAAGAAUGGCUCAGGAAACAUCUCAUUUGAAAACGUCCGAGACAUCUUCAGCCAGACGACAGUGCAUCACCACAUUCCCUUCAACUGGGACUGUGAGUUCAUCAGGCUGCAUUUCGGCCAUGAAAGAAACAAGAACCUCAGUUAUGCAGAGUUCACUCAGUUUCUGCAGGAGCUGCAGCUGGAGCACGCUCGCCAGGCGUUUGCACAGAAAGACAAGAAGAAAAGCGGCACCAUCACUGCCUUGGACUUCAGCGACAUCAUGUCCACCAUCAGGCACCACAUGCUGACUCCUUUCGUAGAGGAAAACUUGGUUUCAGCUGCAGGAGGCAGUACCUCCCACAUGGUGAGCUUCUCCUACUUCACCGCCUUCAACGCCCUCCUCAACAACAUGGAGCUGAUUCGCAAGAUUUACAGCACCCUCGUCGGCUCACACAAGGAAACACUCGUCACUAAAGAGGAGUUUGUCCACGCUGCAAAUAAGUUCGGUCAAAUCACUCCGAUGGAAAUAGACAUCCUGUUCCAGCUGGUCGGCCUCCACUCCCACUCUGGGCGGUUGAACAACACAGACAUCGAGAGAGUCGCCCCGCUGGAGGAAGGAGCCAUGCCAUACCACCUUGCUGAGACUCAGAGACAGCAUGCUCACGAAACAUCGCGGCCCGUCUGGCUCCAGGCUGCAGAAUCUGCCUACAGGUUUAGCCUGGGCUCAAUCGCUGGAGGUGAGUGACAUGUCUGCGGCGGAGGCCCCCAGCCCGCCCGAGGUGUAACCUUAGCCGGCCUGACUGCUGCAACUGAGGCCCUGGGGCCCACCAUUGUGUUUCUGGGGAGAGGGGCUGGGAUGUGAGGCUCCGGCAUUGUGCUGCCGUGCCACCGGUGGCUCCAGGCUGUCUUUGGAGACGGA